ACUUCGACUGGCCGGUCGGUGGUGAACGGGGGACCAGUUCCAAGGCCGUCCAAGAGAGAACACUUUUAAUCUCGCAUUUAACGGGCGCUCAAGACCGCGUGCUUCCGCGAAAGUAUUUGUGCGAGAAGGAGGCGACGUGUGCCGGUAGUUUAACGUUUGCCAAAGAAAUCUGUGUGAUUCGCGCCGAACUGAUCUAGGUAGGCACAGUGCGUGAGGACCACACCUCGGGAAUAGUGCGCGACUCCAUGAGCGGCAUACAAUUUUAGCACGUCGUUUUCACAUCGCCACAACACCUGAACGUGAUGUGUGAAGCGGUACCUCGAACUUGGCACAUGAAACCGGAACUUCAUUGCAAUCCCGUGGGAGUUCCGGCGGGCGCCUUGUCACCCCCGGCUACCCUCUCGCCACCCGGCAGCCCCAGCAUAAUCACGCUGCCAUCCUCGCCUUGGAGCCCAGGUGUACCGGGAAGCAGUUCGAGCAUCGCAUCCACCAAUGCAUCUUCGGGUCUUUGUCAACCCGUCCCCGAUCGUUUCAGCGCCUUCACCCUCGUCUCGAAUUACAAUCCCGAUCUGAGACUGCAAAGUCCAUUCAGCGCUAGCGUUGCCGCGCGAGACAUGCGUUGCGGUCUCAUGUACGGCGGCUAUGGGGCAUCUGGGGGUGCCUGGUGGCGUCACAUGGGCCUGCUGUUGCCACAUAGUUUGCUCCCGCCUACGAGAAUCCCAUCCCAACAGACGACGCCGGUCACGAAUUGCUCGCCUAUUCAUUCGGAACCUCUCAGUCCGGCACGUCCCGGAUCACCCCGAAGAUGCACGCCGGAGAAGGCCAAAUUCGAAGAGGAGGCGCCAUUGAACCUCAGCACGAAGCCGAGCGACGUCUCGUCGAGUAUCGGCAGUAGGAAAAGUGAAAUUUGGUCGCCGGGUUCGGUGUGCGAGAGGGAGGCCAGGGAAACGAGAGCACCGUCCUCCAGGAGUCCGUCCUCGACCCCUAUAAUUACGCGGCAAAUUCAUCAUUCACCACUUACACCGCCCUCCUCGACGGAAAGGACUUUUCAAUGUAAGCAGUGCGGUAAGGCUUUCAAACGGUCAAGCACGCUUAGUACUCACCUGCUGAUCCACUCCGACACGAGGCCUUAUCCCUGUCAAUAUUGUGGCAAGAGGUUUCAUCAGAAGUCAGAUAUGAAGAAACACACCUACAUCCAUACUGGUGAGAAACCACACAAGUGCGUCGUGUGUGGCAAGGCAUUCUCCCAGAGCAGCAACCUGAUCACGCACAUGCGUAAGCACACCGGCUACAAGCCGUUUCAAUGUGGGCUUUGUGACAAGGCGUUCCAGAGGAAGGUCGAUCUACGUAGGCAUCGGGAAGGUCAACAUCCGGCGGCGCCGGCGCUCGAUUAUCGCUCUCUGCAGAUACCACCACAGCAGCAUCAACAGCCAAAUGGCAAUCCGCACUCGCCGUUACCACCGCAUUCAGCAUCCUCCGCGGGUUACCACGUGAUAUCCGUUCCCGGCAGUAGCUGAGACUCGUUCAUUUGACAGACACUUCGUCCGUGAACGCGCACCAGGCCCUCGAACCGGAUAACCGAGCGGUAUGUAUCGUUGGAUCACGACGCUACCAUGAUCGGUUGGGGAAGGGCAAUAUUGCGAGUAUCGCGAAUCGUCUACGAGAUCGGCUGCUGGAAGCGAGAUCUCGUAGAUACUUAAACUCCGGAGUUGGUUGGACGGAGUAACAAACAUAUCACUUGCGCGUAAAUGUGCGUGUGUAUAUCUGAAUGUAUCGAAAUGUAUUUUUGAGACAGCGACACCUGCAGGAAUUCGGCGUCUUUUACAUACUAUUAUUGUGAGAUAGUUUAACUACUGUGCGAGAUUGAAUACAGUAAGGUAAAAUCAAAUCUCGGAAAGAUGUAACUUCGCAAAUUGAAGUAGAAGAAAGGCUCUCAGUGCUUUUCUUUAUAACUCGGUACGUUCUAUAUAAACGAAGAUAAUUUGUUGUCUCUCUGACUCUCAUCAAAAUUGUAUAUAACAUCGGAAAUCUGAGAUAUGUUCACAGAUUAAAAAUAACGCUUUUGUCUUCAAUUUGCGUGACUAUCUAGUUUGGCACAUUGGUGUUAUAAUAUAUCAAUACUGAGUAUCGAAAACGGCUCAUGUCCGCAUUAACAAUUGUCGUUUCAACGUGAAGACACGUGUGCAUUUUCAAUUAAUUUUACAAAUAAAUGACUGACGUGUAGUGAUGCACGUGUAUCAAAGAGAACCGUUUCGAGAUGUAGCGCUUCGCAUUUGUCAUAUCAGUGAUUAUACUUAUUCUCUCUAUGGCGUGUAUAUGUAUGCAACAUGCUAAUACAGCACCGUUGUUAUGUCGUAUAUCCAUGUCGGUUGGAACGCGAAUAUAAAUUACAUUAGACACGAUGUGUACUUUCGCAUCGAAUCACUUCUUUUGUUUUAUCGGCCUGAUUUAACUGCAAGUUAUACUCCAAUGGUCGCAGCUGUA